CCCGGAUGGUGGACUAGAGAGAGCCGACAAAACGGGUCUGAAACGGGAAGAGGUAUUUUGACAUUGUCGGUAAAUUCAUUAGGGGCGGUGAGAAGAGGUGAUGGUGUGUCGGAGGGGGAGAGAAGGAGCUUUGGGCACCUUGCGGAGGAUCAUAUACAAACUCUGUUUUCGGAUUAUUCUCAAACCCCGCCACUUCUAAACCACAAAAAAACUUUUAAAAAACUAAUCUCAGUCAACUCUAAAUGACUAUUUUCGACAUGCGCUCAUUAAAAUAGUCCAUCCAAGAAACCAUAGAAUAGGUAUGUAAAGUUGACUAUCAUUGUAAUGAAUGGUGAGUAGUCGGUCGUUCUAAAGCUUCAUCCAAAUGUAGAGAUUGAAUCAUUGUGAACUGAAAUGAAUAUUGCACAUUUGAUUUUCUAUAGGAGAAUCUUUAAAAAUCAUGCGAUACAGAAUUUUAAAAGGGCGUUUCUCUCGGCCUGCAUCUGCAUAUCUGGCGUCAGUUGAGGGUUAUGUUUAGGAGAGAAUACUUACAGGCCUGUCUUAUGUGGACCAUUUUGACAAAUGUUUACUUAAAAAAAAAACAUAUCUACCUCAAACCUCUGCCUGUUUUCCACAGAACACGACUGGAGAAACAAACAAAUGUUUACUAAAUGAAUACAUCAGUCUCACUAAUACCUCGUAGGUUCUUUAUAAAGCGUAGCCUUGUUUAAAACGCCUCCGAUGGCUUCGUUCUCAGACUCCGACCUGCAGACCUGUCUUCUCUGCAAGGAGCUCUGUGGCUCCUCCUCCGCUACCAUCUCUUGCAACUCCUCCACUUCCUCUUCCUCCUCUCACUCGUCCUCCUCCUCCUCCCGGCGCCUCCAUGUCCUCCCCUGCCUGCACACCUUCUGCAGACAGUGUCUGGAGGGCCAGCGCAGUCAUGGGGACCCUCUCAAACUCAGCUGCCCCACCUGCAACCAGAAUGUCUCCAUCUCCGAGGUCGGAGUGGACUCUCUCCCGUCCUCCAACUUCCUCUUGAGUAACCUUCUGGACGCGGAGCAGCUCCAACUCGGCCAAAAUAAGAACGGUCACCGGGGGGUCGGCGGGUGCUCUGUACCCAGGUUCCACCGCGCCCACAGCGUGCUCCACCCGAACCGUCUGGGAGGGCCCCAGUGCAGCUCCUGUGGCGAGGGGAACCCGGCCAGCUUCCACUGCCUGGACUGCCAGGAGUACCUUUGUGAUAACUGCGUCCGAGCCCAUCAGAGGGUCCGGUUGACCAAGGACCACUUCAUGGAGAGCCUGCAGCAUGCAAGCCGAGGCUUGGCCAGCCCCAUCGCAGGUAGAGGCAUGGGGGUUGGGGGAGGUGUAGGGUUGUCCCUGACCCAGCCCUUCCAGUCCAAAUCCUCCCUGCUGCCUUUGUUCCAGGAUAGGAUGAGCUUCUGUCAGCACCAUGACAACAAGGUGUUUCUGUUUUUCUGUGAGACGUGCUCUGUGCCUAUCUGUAGGGAGUGUAGUGUGGGCAGACACAUGGGCCACAGCUUGGUCUAUCUACAGGACGCUGUCCAGGACUCCAGAGACAUCAUCAUCCAGCUACUGGCCGACGCACAGCAAGGAAGACAGGCUGUACAGUUGAGUAUGGAGAAGAUCCAGGCCAUAGCAGAGCAGGUAGACAUCAAGGCCAAGGUGGUCCAGACAGAGGUGAAGAACGUGGUCCUCAGACACCUGAAAGCCUUGGAGGACAGAGAGAGUCAGCUACUCUGGAAGGUUGAGAAGAUCCAACAGCUGAAAACCAAGUCCCUGUACCUGCAGGUAGAGAAGCUGCAUCAGAACCUGACCAAGCUGGACAGCACCAUCACAGCAGUCACUCAGGUGCUGGAUGAGGGUUGUCACCUGGACGUGCUGCUGGCCAGAGAGCGCAUGCUGACCCAGAUCCAGGAGCUGAAGUCUCUCAAAGGCCUGCUGCAGCCACAGGAGGACGAUCGUUUAAUGUUCACCCCUCCAGAACAGGCCCUGUACAUAGCCAUCCAGUCCAUGGGGUUGAUCAGUAGCGGAGCGUUCGCUCCCGUCACCAAAGCUCACGGCGAGGGCCUAAAGACCGCACUCCGUGGCAAGACCGCCUCCUUCACCGUAAUUGGCUACGACCACGACAGGGAGCCCUGCCUCUCGGGCGGUGACGCAGUGUCAGCGGUGGUGAUGGCAGCGGCGGAUGGUAACCUGUCGGCUGCGGAGGUGUGUGACAACCAGAACGGGUCGUACACGGUCAGCUACUUGCCCAAGACUGAGGGAGAAGAUUUGGUGUCAGUUCUGGUCUGUAACCAGCACAUCAUGGGCAGCCCCUUCAAGGUACUGGUGAAGUCUGGACGACGCUACGGGGCUCUGGGUUCACCGGUGUCUGCGUUUGGCAGUGAGGGGGAGGGUGACGGUCAGCUGUGUCGUCCCUGGGGCAUCAGUGUGGAUAAAGAGGGAUACGUGGUGGUGGCCGACCGCAGUAACAACCGCGUACAGAUCUUCAAGCCGUGCGGGGCCUUCCACCACAAGUUCGGCUCCCUGGGCUCUCGCCCCGGUCAGUUUGAUCGUCCAGCGGGCGUGGCGUGCGACAGCCAACAGCAGAUCAUCGUAACGGACAAAGACAACCACCGUGUGCAGGUGUUCACCUUUGACGGACAGUUUAUGCUGACGUUCGGCGAGAAGGGCACUAAGAACGGUCAGUUCAACUACCCCUGGGAUGUGGCAGUGAACUCUGCGGGGAAGAUCUUGGUCUCUGACACCAGGAACCACCGCGUCCAGCUCUUUGGCCCUGACGGCUCGUUCAUCAACAAGUACGGCUUUGAGGGCACUCUGUGGAAACACUUUGACUCGCCGCGGGGUGUCGCCUUUAACCAUGAGGACCACCUGGUCGUCACCGACUUCAACAACCACCGUCUGCUGGUGAUUCGGCCAGAUUGCCAAUCUGCCCGGUUCCUGGGCUCCGAGGGUACCGGUAACGGGAAGUUCCUGCGUCCCCAGGGCAUAGCGGUGGACCAGGAGAACCGGAUCAUCGUUGCCGACUCGAGGAACCACCGUGUGCAAGUGUUCGAGCCCAACGGGAACUUCUUAUGCAAAUUUGGCACCCAUGGCAGUGGCUUCGGACAGAUGGACCGCCCCUCCGGUGUUGCUGUGACACCCGACGGAGUCAUCGUGGUCGUCGACUUCGGAAACAACCGCAUCCUCAAGUUCUAAUCGCUUUUCGCUUUCUUUCUUUCUCUCACUCGGUUUUCUCUCCAUUUCUCUGUCAGGGAGAGGAAAUUGAAGAGCUCGGAAAAGGAUUCAACAAACAGACACAAAGAGGACAGUUUAAAGAGAGAUAGUCAGAGCAGGUAGAAAUGCGUUAUUACAAAUUAAGGGGAAGUGAAUUUGUUUGUUUUUAAGUUAUUUUUUACUUUUAGGUUUUAGUUUGUGUAAUCAGAUUCCUGUGGUAUACUGUAUGACAAAGGGGACCACUAAGACUAGUUGAUAAUCAGUAGUGAAAGUAACAAGGAAGAGAUCACGAUUUCCCUGUCUUCUAUCUGAAUUGUUUUCUCUCAACUCUCAUCACGUCGCCUUCUCAGGGAUUUUUCUCACUUUUUCUUGAAAUAUUGAAUCCUCUGCUCCGCCACCUACCUCAACCAGUUCCUAAUGAAUGUACUCACCCUCUCCGAGCAGAGGUCUACUCUAGUCUGUCAGGUUUUACAAAGAAGAAAAUAAAAAAAGUCUACCUCAAUACUUUUUAAAAUUUAAAAUGAAAAGACGUUUUGACCUGACCUGUAGUGGAGUCUGGUGUGUUCAGUGAUGUUUAGGGUAGCUUGUUCUGUACAUCUUGGUUUAGCAUGUCCCCCUCAUCUCUCCAUGUGUAAUGUCACUGCAGACCGACGGAAUAGAGGUAAUGCCCAAACCGGUUAGACUGACUCUGUGUUAGUUAGCUCAGGUCACAGUACCAGAUGGACCAGAAGAAUCUCCUUUUAGCUUGACUGGUUUAUUGAUCGCAGCGGUGCCGGGAGUCUGACCUGGGACAGAUGCAGUUUGAUGAUUGGUUGAAAUCAGGAGCUAGUCGUUGUUGUGGGGAGAUUCUCUUUUCUGUCCCAAAGUAUCCAAUUAUCAAUGGAACAUAGUUGAUUCCUUUCAGUCGUCAGCAAGCUGGUCUGAUUAUGAGGAAAAAAAUAAUGGAAAUCAAUGUGAAAAAACAAACCGCAUUUGUGUACUCUCAAACGGAGGGCCCACCAAAGUAUUUUAUACGUUUAUCAGGAGUUAUCAGGAUGUAUUGGUUGUUGAUUAUGUAGAUUGAUUAUGAAUUCUGUUUGAGUGACAUUUGUUGUGAAUGAUGCGGAAGGAUAGCAAUGCCUCCAGAAAGCAGGCAUCUUGAUUGGCUGUCCACAGGAGUGAGAGCCAAUCAGAAAUCAGAAUGAGCCUGUGUGGUUGAAUUGUGGGGCACUGAUUGGCUCUUGGGGGCUAGGAUUUAAUCCAACCCCCUUCUGACAUAACUGCCCCACCCUAGUUAUUGACGCCCAUUCUGAAAUGCCGGAGAGAGAGUGUUCCGGAACAUGUGCAUGCUGACCAGACCUCGAAAAGAUGGAGGUCUAGAGAACAGCUAGUAGAGUCAACCAAAGGUAGAAUUUUGGCUAACUGUAUGUUUGGCAUCGAAAGAACAACAAGUCCCAUUGAAGACAUUUUGUUGUUUAAUCAUUUAUGUUGGAGGUCUAAAACGCUCACCAGCUGCCACCAAAACGAUCUGUUCAAGGCACUGUCAAUGGGAAGAAGAAGAAGAAUAUAAGGCCUACUUUUAGCUUUUAAAAUGGAAGUACCUUUCAAGCCUACUUCCUGAGGAGAACGUUGUAGAAAGGUCUGGGGGAAAAAAACAUAUCUCACAGCAACCAAAGAGUAUCUUUCCAGGCCACUUUCCAUCUCACACCCCUGAGAGGUUCAAUCUAGCUCCACCACCCAUGCUAACAUGACACUGCUUCAUGUCUAGCAACCCUUAUUUUGCAUUAGCAUCUCAAACCAUUGAACCAUUGAGUGCAAACAGAUUCCUGAUUUAUCACCUGUGGUGGACCUUUUUGGAGGGGUUGUAAAUCUCCCUUUCUCUUGUGAAGUUAGUCACUUUAGAGUAGUCUAGGCUAGCGGUAUGGGCGUUUUAUUAGUUGGUUUCUGAGCUUCUUACCUCAGAGGAAAGUGCAGGCCUGCACUUUAAAUCCUAAUUUACGUAAACUUUCACAUCCCAUCGUUUACCUUAACUGUCAGAUACCUCAACAUUUUUUAUAUACUUUCUUAUUCCUCAGUUACUUUAUGUGCAACUCAUUUGUAAUACAACCUACCUUAACCAGUUACUGGCUACAGUACCUCAACUCUCAGACUUCAUCAACAUACACAUGUCAUUUUACAAAUCUACCUCAACACACCUUUUACUUAACUUUAAAUGGCUCAUGUUACAUACCGUGUGUGUGUGUGUGUAUAUCAGUUGAAGUCGAAAGUUUACAUACACCUGAGCCAAAAACAUUUAAACUCAGUUUUUCACAAUUCCUGACAUUUAAUCCUAGUAAAAAAAAUCCCUGUCAACAUGAUGCUGCCACCCCCGUGCUUCACGGUUGGGAUGGUGUUCUUAGGCCUGCAAGCCUCCCCCUUUUUCCUCCAAACAUAACGAUGGUCAUUAUGGCCAAACAGAUCUAUUUUUGUUUCAUCAGACCAGAGAACAUUUCUUCAAAAAGUACGAUCUUUGUCCCCAUGUGCAGUUGCAAACCGUAGUCUGGCUUUUUUAUGGCUGUUUUGGACCAGUGACUUCUUCCUUUCUGAGCAGCCUUUCAAGUUAUGUCGAUAUAGGACUCGUUUUACUGUGGAUAUAGAUACUUUUGUACCUGUUUCCUCCAGCCUCUUCACAAGGUAUUUUGCUGUUCUUCUGGGAUUGAUUUGCACUUUUCACACCAAAGUACGUUGAUCUCUAGGAGACAGAACGCAUCUCCUUCCUGAGCGGUUUGACGGCUGCGUGGUCCCAUGGUGUUUAUGUCUGAGUACUAUUGUUUGUACAGAUGAACGUGGUACCUUCAGGCGCUUGUACAUUUCUCAACAAUUUGUUUUCUGAGGUCUUGGCUGAUUUCUUGUGAUUUUCCCAUGACGACAAGCACAGAGGCACUGAGUUUGAAGGUAGGCCUUGAAAUACAUCCACAGGUACACCUCCAAUUGACUCAAAUGAUGUCAAUUAGCCUAUCAGAAGCUUCUAAAGCCAUGACAUAAUUUUCUAGAAUUUACCAAGCUGUUGAAAGGCACAGUCAACUUAGUGUAUGUAAACUUCUGACCCACUGGAAUUGUGACACAGUGAAAUAAUUUGUCUGUAAACAAUUGUUGGAAAAAUGACUUGUCAUGCACAAAGUAGAUCUCCUAACCGAACUUGCCAAAACUAUAGUUCAAUAACAAGAAAUGUGUGGAGUGGUUGAAAAAUGAGUUUCAACCUAAGUGUAUGUAAACUGUGUGUGUGUGUGUGUGUGUGUGUGUGUGUGUGUGUGUGUGUAUAUUGGCCUACCUCUUCAAAUAUUUUGACUAGUAACUUCUAAACAUCAAGUCUCUUGUACUGUAUACUUCAGUUUCCAGACCUUUUACUGUACCUCUUGUACUUGUACGGUACCUUCAAGUUAGUCUUUAUUUGUAUUUUUUUUAAACAUACCUCGUUACUUUUACCUCAACUUUUACCUCACCUCACACUUUUACCUCACCUCACACUUUUACCUCACCUCACACUUUUACCUCACCUCACACUUUUACCUCACCUCACACUUUUACCUCACCUCACACUUUAAAUCGUGUAACAUUUACCUGUCACCUGUUGGACCAAAGAUCUUAAUCCUGGAGGCUCCUUUUCAUGUAAAAUUACAAGUUACAAAUGGCCAUCUCUCCACAUUGUGUCCAUGAGUGGUCUGUUUAGCAUUGUGGUGCAUUAUGCCUUUUAAUCAUAUGGAGAAACCAAAUAGCGAAGAUCAGAGCAUUGUGCCAAAAAAUAUAUUUGUGGGAGUUUGGUGUCAAAAUGGAGUUGGCGUCGGGAUGACACUGUCAUAGACGGUGAAUGUCAUUGGACCAUUAUAUCAUAGAUAUUAGUGUUUAGCGAAUCAAAGCAGCCAAGGACAGAUCCCUGUGCUUUGAUUGGAUGCACUUAUGUGGGUGCACUUACCUGAUUGGCCAACAGUGAGAAAGAUGGCGACGUCACCGUUAGCUAAUUUGAGGCCUUCAUCCUACCCCCUUUAGACCGACAAGAAUUACCUCUAAUAUCAGCACAGGUUCUCCUCAGUAAGAACCUCUUAGAAGUGUGUACCUAAGAGUUAGCACAAUGUUGGUUGGUACUAACUUAUUUGAAAACUAACAAAAAAGUCUGGUGUGUGUGUGUAGGAACACAUUGCGUGAAUAAGAUGUUUAUUACGAGGUAAUAAGCCUGUUUAUUACGAGGUAAUAAGCCUGUUUAUUACGAGGUAAUAAGCCUGUUUAUUGCGAGGUAAUAAGCCUGUUUAUUGCGAGGUAAUAAGCCUGUUUAUUGCGAGGUAAUAAGCCUGUUUAUUGCGAGGUAAUAAGCCUGUUUAUUGCGAGGUAAUAAGCCUGUUUAUUGCGAGGUAAUAAGCCUGUUUAUUGCGAGGUAAUAAGCCUGUUUAUUGCGAGGUAAUAAGCCUGUUUAUUGCGAGGUAAUAAGCCUGUUUAUUGCGAGGUAAUAAGCCUGUUUAUUGCGAGGUAAUAAGCCUGUUUAUUGCGAGGUAAUAAGCCUGUUUAUUGCGAGGUAAUAAGCCUGUUUAUUGCGAGGUAAUAAGCCUGUUUAUUGCGCGGUAAUAAGCCUGUUUAUUGCGCGGUAAUAAGCCUGUUUAUUGCGCGGUAAUAAGCCUGUUUAUUGCGCGGUAAUAAGCCUGUUUAUUGCGCGGUAAUAAGCCUGUUUAUUGCGCGGUAAUAAGCCUGUUUAUUGCGCGGUAAUAAGCCUGUUUAUUGCGCGGUAAUAAGCCUGUUUAUUGCGCGGUAAUAAGCCUGUUUAUUGCGCGGUAAUAGACCGGAGACGUUAGCACAUUACAGGCCCCAGACCCUGCUGCUUAGAACCGAUAUGGUCUGUUGACGUGUUUCAGUAUUACUAUAUGGAAAAAGUCUGCAAUCUUUUACAUUUUAAUACAAAAAAUGACAACAUUCUAUCUUUAAGGUUUUCACUCUUACAGAGGAAAAACAUGUAUUUGAAACUUUUUGUUUUUGUUCCUUUUUUGUUUUUUUGUUGCAUCAUUACAUUUUUAAAAAAUGAAACAACGUCUCACAGACUUGACGGGUUGGUAGCUGAUUCUGUUUUUUUUUUAAAAUCAUGAUCAUAUACCCACAGGUGUGUAUGUGUUAGGAGUGCGUUGGAUGGAUUUAACCUUUUUGACCUUUGCGAUUGUAUUUCCUGUUCCCAAGAGGCUCUGCAGAGACCAAUCGUUGCUUGGCCAGCCAUGUCUGGAAUCUGUACUAGAGUGCAGUUAGUACAUCAACUUUUAGAGCCGCACAGUUUAAUGAUCCCUCCACACACACGAUGAAGACUGUUUACACUGUAGACAUUUUGUUUUUGCCCUAGUAAUGACAACCUCAUACUCUCUAUCAAAAUAAGAUAGGUUUCUUCAUUAGAAUCGCUUGAUUUAUUUUAACCCCCCUCACACAAAAAUAUCCAGGAAGUGUGGUGCUGAGCACUUGAUUGGUCUCCUGUACUCCUGGGCAGGGUUUUAUUGGCCCCUAUGUUUCUGUCCACCAUUUUGUUUCUGGCAUCUCGGAGAGAAGUUGGUUUAAGUGAAACUGCACCAGGUAGAAGUUGUGCAACAUGUUAAUGAUUGUAUCUUUUAAAGAAAAAAAUUAAAUACGUAACAUUUUUAAAAGGAAGAAAAAAAAUAGAAACUCAGGUAGUUCUAUGUCACAGUGAAAUGUGUCCCCCAUAGUGAUGUGGGUGUCACAGUGAAAUGUGUCCCCCAUAGUGAUGUGGGUGUCACAGUGAAAUGUGUCCCUCAUAGUGAUGUGGGUGUCAGUGAAAUGUGUCCCCCAUAGUGAUGUGGGUGUCACAGUGAAAUGUGUCUCCCAUAGUGAUGCGGGUGUCACAGUGAAAUGUGUCCCCCAUAGUGAUGUGGGUGUCACAGUGAAAUGUGUCCCCCAUAGUGAUGCGGGUGUCACAGUGAAAUGUGUCCCCCCUAGUGAUGCGGGUGUCAGUGAAAUGUGUCCCCCAUAGUGAUAAUAUAGUGAACCUUUCUGUUAUGACCUCAGUACGAGUCUCAUUGGCCAUGUUCCAGGACCCUCUUUCUUUGCAGUUGGGUUGUGAAAAUCCUGAGAUUUCUGCAUGUGUGUGUGUGUGGUGAAGACGGGCUGGAACGCGACCAAUCUUUUCUGUGUUUCCGUUUUUGCAUAUUACACGUUAGUUCUCAAUCUCGAAAAUGGAAACAUUUAGCUUUUUGAAUUGUUUCCUUCAAAUGUACUGUUUUAUGUUUAAUUUUCAGGUUUUAUUUUUGUUAAAUGUUCCCGUUGUUUGUUUGAUAAACACCAAAGGACUCCAGACCACACGACCCUUUUGGAAUGUAUUUUGUAAGAAAAUGGUUUGCUGGGAGUGAUUCUCACUCACACCCUACUCAUUGCUAGCAGGAUCACAAAACAGAACUGAUACUGUACUACCAAUCAAUCUGCGUCUGGAGAAUUACAAUGGACACCAUGUUGUUACCAUUGUUGUUCCAUUCCAAUGCAAUUUAGAAUCUUACUAUCAUGGAGUCUUUGGUGACAAAAUGGCCUCUUUUUAAAAAAAAAUAAUAAUAAUUCUGAGUCUGUUUAUCAACAGUCACUCUACUCUGUAAGGCCUAUUUCUAAGGCUCUGUUCUGUCCUGUGUGCAGUAGGUAGUGUGUGAGAGUGUGUUGUUGUUGAACCCAAAUCCACUGAAUGUAUUCUCCUCUGUCGACGAGGCACGAGGACAGCGGGGACCAGCUGAGUUUAGGAGGGUGCUGCUGGUGUGUUUUGUGUUGGUGUACUAUCAUAUACACACUGAAAUGAUCUGUAAGGAGUGUGUGUAUAUGUGUGUGUAUGCACGUGUUUCCCCCCCUCUCCUCUCCUCACACACAGUGGUCGGUGUGGAAGUGCAGUUGUCAGGUCUUCAGUUUAAAUAAAGAAGAGGAGACUAAUUUACCUGCCGUCUUCUGUUACACACUGUCUUCUGUUACCUGCUGUCUUCUGUUACCUGCUGUCUUCUGUUACCUGCUGUCUUCUGUUGCCUUUCCUCGUCUGUUGCCUGCUGCCUUCUGUGGACUUUACACAUUUCCUAUGCAGUUUUUUUUUUUUUGUUUACACUUAAAUAAACGUAUUUCUUUGA